AUGUCCAAUUGCGAUGGACAGGAUGACAUAUUCUUGGAGACAUCUGAUGAUAUAAGAAGUUCAACAUAUUUUUCAGCUAGAUGCAGCACAAGUGACCAAUUAUCAGCAUCAUGGGGACCUGAGGAUGAGCUCUGGACAAGUGAAUUGAUGAGUGUCAAUGAAAGGCGGCACAGAUUCCUGAUUGGGAUGGGCUUUGUUAAACCUAUUCCUACAGGAAUCACCUUUUCGCAGUGGCAGGGAGAAAUUUUGGCUGAUCGUGCAUUUCGUGACCUGGAGGAGAGAAUUAAUAGCAUCUGUUCUUCAUAUCGGCCGUCUUUUUCUCAUUGUGCAUCAGCACCAGAUAGUACUAGGAACAGUGUUGUGCUUCAUGAAAGCGAGCACCAUGAACUGACCGGAAUACUUGAUGAGGUUGGAACAGACAGAAUCAUGAAUAUAAAUCAGUCAGAAGGUUUUCUUAGUUUCUCUCAGCUUGUUCAUGAGUUCUUGCAGAAGGGCAGUGGUCGUGGUCCUGCAAGGGGAAUGAAUGUAGCAUUUAGUGAGAAGCAAAAGGAUACCAAGAGCUUUUGUGGAAGGUUCACAAGAAAGAAGGGAGAAGAUAUAAUUUGUAUGCAUGACAAAUGUAUGAAAAGCCUGAAGACAGGAACAUUGUUUACAACAAAAGUUGAUCAGCAGAACAAAAAGUGGAUGGACUUCUCUGCUCUCUACAUGUGCCAAGAAAUCCAUGCCCACGGGGGUUCAAUCAGGGUCAUGAAGUUCAGUACACACGGGUGGUACUUAGCUAGUGUUGGCGAAGAUUGCAUUGUGCGCAUUUGGAUGAUACAAGAAGUUGAAUCCUCUCCUGAUUUGUACAUCAGAGAGGCGCCUGUCAAAUCCAUGGACAGAAAUAAGGGCCUGAAAAUGAAGGUGGGAAAAGUUCAGAGACGUGCCCUUGCCAUAGUACCCAAGAAAGUUUUCAACAUUGCAGAGACACCACUGCAUGAGUUUCAUGGUCACACAAGUGAUAUCUUGGAUAUGACAUGGUCAAAAUCAAAUUUACUCUUGACGUCAUCUAAAGACAAGACUGUACGCAUGUGGAAAGUUGGCUGUGAUGACUGUCUAGCAGUAUUCAAGCACAGAGAUUAUGUAACAUGCAUUCAAUCCAAUCCGGUUGACGAAAGAUAUUUCGUUAGCGGCUCAAUAGACGGUAAAGUCCGUGUUUGGGAUGUUUCAGAGAGGCGAGUAGUUGACUGGGCUGAUACGAAGGAUAUCAUAACUGCUGUGAGUUACCAGCCAGAUGGAAAGGGUCUUAUUGUCGGAAUCGCUUCAGGGAGGUGCCGGUUCUAUAACCAUGCAGGUGAAAACGUGGAACUGGAGAAAGUAAUGAAGGUAACGAAGAAGAAAUCUGCUGGUAGACAGAUCACCAGCCUGCAGUUUUCAAACGGUGAUCCUGCUGGGAUCAUGAUCGCAUCAGCAGGUUCUAAAAUUCGAGUCUCUGAUGGAGGAGCUAAGAUCAACCGAAAGUUUGAAGGACGGCGAGGCUCCAAGGUCCUGCUACCGCCGUCUCUGACCUCCGACGGCCAGUACCUCGUGUCGGCAGGUGCCGACUCCAACGUCUACAUCUGGAACUUCGACAGACCAGCAGCUGGCAAAAGCACCACCACCAGAGGAGCAAGAAGAGUUCGUUCCUGCGAGCACUUCUUCUCGGAGGGCGUCACGUCCGUGGCGACAUGGCCAGGGCUGCUGCAGCAGCAAGACGAUCUCCAGUCGUCGGAGAAGGGGGCCACCCCCACGCUUUGCCGCGACCGCGAGUUCUGCUCGUUCGGGACGUGGUUCUCGGCAGAUGGCGCGAGGGGCGCCGCGACGUGGCCCGAGGAGAAGCUGCUGCCGUCCCUCAAGUACGUCAACUGCGCCGGGAUGGACGAGUGCAGCACCAAGGUGUCGGCAGCCUGGAACAAGGUCGUCGUCACUGGUGGCCGCGACGGGGUCAUGCGAUGCUUCCACAACUAUGGACUGCCAGUGAAGCUGUAG